AUGCUUAAUAUAGGAGACCCCACCAGAAUCAUCGAUAAGCUUAAGUCAUACAGGUCGGUGAAGAUAUUCAUGCCAGAUAUGCCUGCAAGCUUCUGUGCAGCCAAAAUAAUCACAGAAAUACUCCACAAGGAGCUCAUCAGAUUUGAGGUGGACUUCCAUCCAGAAAAGCCCAGGCUUUACUCAGAUUCAGAUCUUCAUGUGUUUAUCGAUCUGGACCCAGGUGAGUGCAGGAACGCUCUUCUGAUCUGUGAUCAAGAGAAGUCGUCGAUCCACGGGCCUCUGUUUAUCUGCACAUGCCCCUCCAAGCAGAUCCAUUCGUGUGUAUUAGCAUAUUCUUUGGCAAAGACCAUGAACUAUAUCACCAGUGAUAUCUUGUGGCCUAUAAUCACUUGCUUUGGAUUCUAUAGAAUGUUCACAAAGGAUACCACUCCCAUAGACGACCCGAUGAGCAAAGCCUACUUCUUAGACAACGUGUGCAAAGGCUGCAGGGAGCUGCAUGCAGACAUUGUGCUUGAGGUCCAGAGGGCAGGGAUUCUGACAGACAUAGACGGGAUAUACCACAUUGAAAGGCCUUACAUUUCUUUCUUGAACUUUACUUCUCUGUUCUCGGCUCUUCACAAUGACGUUCCAUUUGUCGUUGACAGAAAGAUCUAUUACAGGAAGGACAAGAAGGCUGAGUGCCGAAAAAUCCAUGAGUAUCUUGCAAGAAAGGGGAUUUCGAAAGAGGUCUCACACGAGCUAUAUGCAAACCUUGAAUACAACACAAAAGCAACAAUAGAGUCAUAUUUCCGAAGAAGCAAAUGCUUUGUAAAAAAGAUAGGACACGACGUUGAGGUGUCCUCCAUAGAGAACUUCUUUCUGAUCUGCUACCACUUGCUAAAAGGCUCCCGAGUAGAUGCUUUUAUAUGCCUGUCAGAGAGGGAGGCACCCAGGAUAAAAGAAAGCAUCAAGGUGCACCAUGAGCUCAUCUGGAUAUACAGAGACUGCCUUGCAAAUCUCCGUAGACUUGGAGACAUCCUGCUCUUUAGAAUCAACAUCUCUGGCAUCCUGAAGGAUAUGGGCAUAUGUGUUCUGCUCCAUCUCUAUGAGCACUACUUCGAGAUGUACAUAAGGAAAAGGCAUAACAACUCUUACAGACAAAUGAUCAUCAUGCAAGGAUAUCUUGAAAAUAGAUUUGUCCUGGCGACUAACGAUCCCUUCAUAAUUUCUGAGCUUGGCCAUGUGACAGAGAGAGUUGGGGAAUACAUUGUGAUGGAUAGAGAUGAGCUGUUUAUGAUCAUUGCUAAGCUAAAGACAAGGGCACAUGCAGCGCCUUCUGUCGGUGUUUAA